AUGAAGAUACAUUCCGGAUAUUCAUUAAUCCUCAGUCUCGUACUGGUAUCGGACUUCAGUACAGCUCAGGAAACAUAUCCGCUCUAUGUCCCUAGAAACCCUUCACCACCAGACACUUUGAGUGCCCUAGCACAGACAUUGUAUCAAACCAAGCUUUCGAGACGCGAAAAGAGUCCCAAAAACACUACCACAAUAGCGAAGAGUUGGGAUGGUGCGACAUUGUUCAGCCUCGAUGGCGGGCUACCAAGCAAAGGAAGUACAUCGAUAUCGGCCGGGAUUGAAGUGACAUGCACAACGUGCUAUGUGAAAGGGAACAUCACAGCUGAACUUGGCUUCGACGGCGAUUUCAAUUUCACCCAAGCAAUCACGAACUUCACGAGAGACGUCGCAGAAGAGAUCGGGAAUGUGACGGAUGCCGCCAUUUCCUACCUACACAACGAGACCGUCGGAUUUCUGAAGAACUUGACGGAUGAUCUUGACUUCAGCGACAUUAGUUUUGCGCCCUUGGAUGUAGACUUUAAUGUCGAUGUGCCAGAUAUUCCCGAGUGUCGUCUGCGAUUCCAGUUUGAUGAUCUGGAGCUUUACAUGUUAAUAGACACCGUUCUCUCGGCAGGAACAACUUAUACGCUCAACCUCUACUCGACGAAUACCCCACUCGGACUCUCUGUGGACAGCGAGACGUUUGUGGGUGUCAUUGCCUCUAUUGACCUUAUCUUAGGCGCCGAUGCAGACAUCAACAUAAGUAGCGGCGUGCACAUUAGGGUUGAUGACGGGAUGACCUUGGACCUUUCACUUUUCAGUCAGAACGUUACUAGUGUGACUUUCAACGGAGGGACCUUCGCAUUCCUGCCCGUCACCGUCCAGACGGCGAACGGCGUCCUUACGGCGAGGUUACGCUUCGGCGUACACGCAGGGGUAUCUCUAGAAAGUAAAGAGUUAUCGCCAUUCAUACCGGUUAGUACUGGAACGGAGGUUUUGGUCUACGCGGAUUUGGCCGAAUUCACGACGAACAUCACAGCCGUGCCUGACGGCGACGAUACCGAUUGCCAAUUGCGAGUGCAACAGGUGUACCAGCUCGCGCUUGGCGCUGCUGCCGGCGCGACAAUUGCCAUUGGGCCCGAAACAUGGGGUCCUGCGCCGUCGACGAAGAUCCCAAUCUUCUAUACGACUCUGGCUGAUGAGUGCGCAAGAAGUGCCACACAAACUACCGCCGUCACCAUCACCACGACGCCUACUCCAACAGUAGUUGCGAGAGCAGAUGACGAUAUGACAACGACGACACUCAGCGAUAAGGUCACCUUUACCGGUGUUUCAUGUAUAUUAACAGGGCUUGAUGAAUGCCCCGUAUCCCUACAAAGCACCACUAAGGUCACGAGCACGAGGACGCUAGUCGUCGAAGUGCCCUCGGGCUCAGAGGCUGCCUUCCCAGCAACGACGCAAGACGGAGUCUCCGAGUUAAUUCCCUUUGCCGAGAACAUCAAGACCGUAGCUGCGACGACGGGUAGUCCCGUUUCGUAUACCCCUCCGCCGCCACCACCAACAACAUCCUCGCCGUCAUCCUCUUCAGCCACUACAACAGCCGGCCAAGGUGGAGGAGAUGAGCAGCCACAGAAAACCUCCGGUACAGACAACCGGCCAUUGAUCAUCGGCCUCAGCGUCGGCCUCGGCGUGCCUUUCCUGGCUGCUAUUGUGGUUGGUAUAUACUUUGCCAUGAGACGGCGGAAGUACGCUGCCGUUGCUGGUGCAGAAGUAUUCCAGGUCGUCUCACCGCAACAUGAUGCAAGCAAUAUGAGUUUUAGAGAGAAGAAGACGGUAACGACGAUGAUCACGACAGUAAGGGGACCCGGGGGAAGGUGA